AGCACACGUGAGAGCAAUUAAAGUAUUAAUUUCCCACUCCAGGUGUACAUAGCAUCGACUUUGUGUCAUCUCGACUGUCGUCUGAGAUGCCUUUUUAACCGGUAAUGUGUGCGUUAAGCAAUCAGUCGGUCGCCGUAAGGGAAAAUUAAACAUUUGACUUUGGCGCUUGACUACGCAAGCAAAUUGUUAAAACCAAAACAAGUGAUAUUCAUUUAAUUCUGAGAGCACUAGCAGUUCCACUCCGCCAAUCCAGCGGUGCACGACAAUCUCUGCAAAUCGAAUUGAUCUCAUUUGUUGUCGAUUGUUCACAUCAAUCCUUCGAUUUUCUCCAAUUGCACUCGGAAAAAUGAUUAUAAAAUCAUUACCGGUGAAACUUCUCAUCGGGAUACUUUGUGUGAUUAAUCAAUCAGUGAUCAAUGCUCGGAUAGUGACAGAAGAUGGCACGUGCCCGACUUUCAACUCCGUGAGUACAUUGACACAAACGGAAUUGCUCCAGGAAUUGACCAAUCAUUGCCGAUACGACAAAAUGGUCAGACCACCAGGUGAAAUCAAUGCGAGUGAUCCGAUUCAUGUCGUAUGUAGGGCUAAUGUAUAUACCAUUAAAUCCAACAUGGCUAAAACACUGCAAUUUGACGUUCACAUGAUGCUUCAAUUUCGUUAUCGAGAUUCACGGUUAAAAUUCGCGGAUAUUGCACCUCAUUUCACCCAAAUUUAUGGCGAAAGAUCGACUCAUAAUCUGAUUUGGACACCUACUGUUUAUGUUGCUAAUGAAAGAAGCUCUGCGAUUAUGGGAAACGGUGUUAAGGAUUUGCUAGUUUCCAUCGAUCCUACUGGCAUGGUUAUUUUAAAUACAAGGCUGGAAAUCACUUUGAAUUGCGGGUUGAGACUCGAGAAGUUUCCGUUCGACGUUCAAGAAUGUCCACUCGUCUUCGAAAGUUUUUGGCCCAACAGUGUCCAAGAAAUCAAACUGGACUGGGACGAAUCGCCAAUGGUUGUUGCAGAUGAACUGCAUUUAACUGAAUAUCGACUGGUAGAAAAAUGGGUCAAUGGGACUGAAGUCUCAUAUACAGCGGCGCAACAACAUUACGGUCAUUUCGCUGGAAAUUUCAGUUCCAUAAGCAUUACCUUCAAGCUCGCUCGUGAAAUGGGCUUUUUUGUUAUGGAUUACUACAUUCCCUCGAUAUUGAUUGUCGUCAUUUCAUGGGUGUCAUUCUGGCUGCACAUGGACGCCAGCCCUCCUCGAAUUGUUCUCGGUACAAAUACCAUUUUGGCAUUCAUGACACUGGCAUCCAAGGUGGAAAAUUCAUUGCCAAAAGUCUCGUACAUAAAAGCCAGUGAAAUAUGGUUCCUAGGAUGCACGAUAUUCCUAUUCGCUGCGAUGGUCGAGUUCGCAUUUGUCAACACCAUCUACAGGAGGAAGAAAAACGUGCCACUAAAAAAAGUCAACAGUAAAUACAUAUUAAAAUCGACAUUGACCCCUCAUUUGGCUCGUAAGCAGUUCCAGAAGAAUGCAACAAAUUUGGAAAGAUCACGUUCCUGGUCUUCUCUGGAUAAAACACCCAGUGAACCAGAUUACAGCAGUCAAAAUUACCUAACAGUACACAGUUUUCCAAGUACGAUAAACAUUCCGUCAGUGAGAAUAGAGGAUGACGAGAAGACGCAGGAGCUGUCAAGCAGUGUCAUGACAAUUGACAGUGUUACUACCCCUCCGGCUAAAUCUUCAGCGAGACGACCAACUCUAGCUAAAUUACAUAAUUUCACGACAAUGACACCGCAAGAAAUAGCCCAGUGGAUUGACAAGAGAAGCAGAAUUGUCUUCCCAGCUGCUUUCUUGUUAUUUAAUAUUCUCUACUGGUCUUUUAUAUGGAUAUAAAUA